AUGGGGCUGCGCCCAAACCUUAUAAUAAACAAACAGAUGGCGGGAACGUUCGGUUGUGGUUUCAUAAACAUAACCCUGAAGAUGGAGUCGGAGUCAUAUGAGAUUACGAGUACUAGUGAUAAAACAACAUCACAAGAAGUUAAUAAAGUUGUUCAGUCAUGGAUUAUCGACUAUUAUUUCGCAACAUUAUGUCGGCUUUUCAGAGAAAGGUCUUCGGUGGAGUUUCGGAAAGAUCUGAAGUUAUUUGAAGGUUUAGUGGAUGAGCUCGAAUCUCAUUCCUCUCAGAGAACCGUCUGUUGCUUCCUAGCCAGAGUGAUGGACGGGGAAAACCUGAAUGUCCGUUAUGAUCACGUUGCUCGAAUCACCCCCUUGAUGUCAGCCGUGCCGGUUUGGGAGUCAUUAAAGGACUUUUCUGAACCAACAUUACAUGGAAAGAUCCAGACACUACUGAUGGUUCAGAGUGUCGCUGUGUGUGUCAAGAAAGGAUAUGACAAACUGGCCAAAGAAACCUUGCAGUGGUUGGAAGAACAGACAGAUGUACCAGAGAAGCUACAGAGAAAGCUUGCCACCAUUGUGAACAAGAAGGAUACAUAUGAUCAGAUCCUGAUGAACUUCAGUUUUGAUAAGCUAAUGGAAACCAUCGACACAUUCCUUGAAGCUUUCAACCAGCAAUAUGCCUCCAUUUUCUUACUUGAAGCAGCAUCAAAAGUGGUUCAAGCUCGUCAUGAGAGAUCAGAGGAAACUCCAUCUGAGCUGGAGGGAGCUGGAGAGAUGCCACCCAGCCCACAGUCAGACAAAUCAGAAUCAGAAAAUGAGGAACAUGGGGAUCCACUUGUGGGAAAUAUCAGACCCAAAAGAAAACUUCUUCCAAAACAAAAUGAUCCAUGGAAGCCAGAAACUGCAAAGAAAGCGCACGCCACACUCAAGAGAACCUCUAUUUGCAAGGUUACCAGGAGAAGUAAUACCCCUUCUGAAUUACACAGCAAUAUUACUGUGGCAAGCCAUUCCAGGAAGAAAUGGACUGAUGUAGAGGAUAGGAAGCUAAAAGCAGGUGUGAAGAAACACGGCGUGGGCAAAUGGAGCAAAAUCCUCAAUGAUUUUGAUUUUGACAAUCGCACCACAGUUAAUCUGAAAGACCGAUGGAGAGUCCUAAAGAAACUGGAUCGUGUCUCUUGAGCUACAGCUGCUUUCAGCUUUUAAU